AUCGGUCAGUCAAAAUCAAAAUGAAAAUCAAUCAACUAAACUAGAGUAGAGAAAUGGGAAGACAUAGAUGCUUCCUUCCAUAACCAUUCAUCACUUUCUCUGCAAAAUCCACAAUCACUUCCGCUGAUUUCGUCCCCUAAAUCCAAAUUUCGACAACCCUAACCCCCAAAUCUACACUGCACCACGACCAUGGCCGCCACCAUCGACGGCCACGACAAGGUCUUGGCCACCGCCCAGAAGAUCGUCCAGUCGCUCAACAACACCUCCGACGCCGAGGACAUGCUCUUAAUCCUCUCCAACUUCGACAACCGCCUCUCCGCCCUGUCAUCCUUCGUCGACAACCCCCCCGCCGCCGAUGCAGCCGGCGCUUCCCGCUCCUCCGCCGUGGAUCCUCAAUUCGAAGCCGCCGAGCAGAUAAUUCUAACCGAUGCCGAUACGCCCUCGCUUUCGGACGAUUACUUACCCGCCGUCGAUGAGAUCAUCCGGCUGACCGAGGAAUUGAAUCUCGGCUCCGUCGACGCCGGGAAAGACGUCGUCGACCGUGCGGAGAACGCGCUGCAGCUCGCUAUGACUCGAUUGGAGGACGAGUUCCGCCACCUGCUCGUGAGGAACACCGUUCCCCUUGACCCCGACCGUCUCCAUCGAUCCUCCAAUUCUUCAACCGCCGCCUCCAUGUCAAUCGCUACCGCUGAGUUCUUCAACGAGGAGGUUGGUGAAACCCUAGAAAAUAUGAGCAGCAUCCGUCUCAGCCACCGCCGCCGCGGUGUUAGCGGCGCAAGCUUUGGCGGCGACGGGAUGCCCAUCGAACUGAUCCAUCAGGACGCCGUGAUUGAUCUGAACGAGAUCGCCGAUCGAAUGAUCCGAUCUGGAUAUGAGAAGGAGUGCUGCCAGGUCUACUGCACCGUCCGCCGCGAUGCUCUCGAUGAAUGUAUGUCUAUUCUCGGGGUCGAAAAAUUCAGCAUUGAGGAAAUUCAGAAGAUCGAUUGGCCAACAUUGGAUGAAAAAAUGAAGAAAUGGAUUCAAGCUGUCAAAGUUGUAAUCCGUGGUCUUUUAUCCAGUGAGAAAUACCUCUGCGAGCAGAUUUUCAGCACUUCUGAUUUGAUCAAGGAGGUCUGUUUUCUAGAGACAUCCAAAGGUUGUGUGAUGCAGCUCUUGAACUUCGGGGAGGCAGUGGCGAUCGGAAGAAAAUCUGCGGAGAGGCUGUUUCGAAUUCUUGAUAUGUACGACGCCUUAGCUCAGGGUUUACCCAAUUUGCAGUCGAUGUUUAUGGACGAGGAUGCAGGGGACAUGGUGUGCAAUGAAGCCAAGGCCGUGUUAGAAGCAUUGGGGGAGGCUGCAAUUGGAACUCUCGUGGAGUUCGAGAAUGCAGUUCAAGGAGAAGCUUCUAAAAAGCCAACACAGAACGGUGAGAUUCACCCACUGUCUCGCUACGUGAUGAAUUAUGUGAAAUUGCUCGUGGAUUAUAGUGAUACACUCAAUUUGUUGCUGGAGAAUACAAAUGUCGAAAACACUGAUGGUUUGGAUGUGGACGCCGUGUCUCCAAUCGCGCGCAGGUUGUUGGCGCUGAUCACCUCAUUGGAAUCGAAUAUGGAAGACAAGUCCAAAAUGUACGAUGAUUUGGGAAUGCAUUACAUCUUUUUGAUGAACAAUAUACUCUACAUUGUGCAGAAAGUGAAAGACUCUGAACUGAGGAAUCUUUUAGGGGAUAAUUGGGUUAAAAAACGUCGAGGGCAGAUUCGGCAGUAUGCUACGCAGUACCUCAGGGCAUCGUGGAGCAGAGUGUUGACUUGCUUGAAGGACGAAGGAAUCGGUGGGAGCUCGAACAAUGUGUCUAGGGUUGCUUUGAAGGAGAGGUUUAAGAAUUUCAAUGCUUGUUUUGAGGAUAUCUAUAGGGUCCAGACGGCUUGGAAGGUCCCGGAUCCUCAACUUCGCGAGGAGCUUAGGAUUUCCAUUUCCGAGAAAGUGAUUCCUGCGUAUAGGUCCUUCCUAGGAAGGUUUGGCAGCCAGCUGGAAGGUGGGAGGCACGUGGGAAAAUACAUAAAAUAUACGCCAGAGGAUUUAGAGAAUUAUUUGUUGGAUCUUUUCGAAGGGACGCCCCUUAUUCUGCAUCAUAUGAGAAGAAAAAGUACGUAAACAUGUGCGGGCAUCUGGUUCUUGAUCGGUAUGGUUUGUUUGUUUCUUUGUUUGUUUGUUCAUUCUGGUAUUGGAUUGGUAACAUACUUUUCUCUCAUGGUUUAAAUUUUGCUGAGCAUGAAUAUUUAGUUGAAUAUAUCCUAAUCGACAAUUUCGUUUAUACUGCAAUAGAUUUGUGCAUAUAAGAGGUUUCAUCGAUGUUCGGCUGAAUAUGCUUCGAGUUCAGUGUUGGAUUUGGUAUUAUUAUGCUGACUGGUGCAUGCAUUAUUACUGUGCAAUUAUACGAACCUGACACUUUAGAAUAGAUCUGUUUCGAUGGAUAUAGGGAGAUGUUCUCGAUAUGGAGAUAUGUCAGUGAAAUGUUCAGUUCUCCAAUAUUGUCGCUCGUGCUUUUGGUAGUAGGCAAGUCUAGAAUUGCAUUAUGUUUGUUUAACGACAUUCUCACCUAAAAGUCUAAACUAGUAGGAAAAUAUAUAAUUAGUUAGAUAUUAUGGGCAUGGAUCAAGUCCUGGUCCGGUCAAGUCAGUAUAGAGCUGAUUUGACGAGACUAACAUAUGUUAUACAGGUAUAGUAAAAAAUAUGUUAUAUUAUAACUCAAUAUAUGUUGCAGUAUCUGUAAAUAUAUGCUGGUCAUGUGUAUGACAUAUACUCUGAUCUAAUCCAAUCCAAUCCAAUCAGCGUAUGUUGACUUCUCCGGAUCAACAUAGGAUCCUCCUUCACAACAUGAACCUUACACGAGGACAUUUUUUCGCAAAAGAGGACAGUGGGACUCGAACACGGACAGACCUUUAUAUGAAAGCGGGAAGUCUUGUGUUUGUGUCCCAACAUGAGGUUUCGUUUACGAGUCUCGUCGCCCUCUUUCGUAAAGAAAUUGUCAACGUGCAAGGUUCAUGUAUGGGAUGAUUGACUUUAUCAUGGUUUGUCUCCUUGGAUAUUAUUAACUUAUAACCUUAGUUGUGUGUGGCUUGGUUUUUAUCACCCUCUUUUGGUAGUUUGUGACGACGUUGUAUCAUAAGAGGCAGCACAUAUAUAACUAACUUUUCCACAGUUUCUGGAAUCUGCCCAGACAAACUAAUAGGACGAUCGUGCAUAUGUUUGUCUAGUUGUGGGUGGGUCAUUGUGUGUUUUAGCUUCAGAAUAUUCCGACACUGAAUCUUGUCUGCAAUUGCCUUGUCUCCAAAUCGUUGAGCAAGUUGUUAACAGCAUGUAAUUACCGACCACUAGACUUUCAUUACACCUUGAGAAUGUAGUCCUUAGACCAACUUGUUAUAAUAAAAAACCUUACUUUUUUUU